AUGGUUAUGCUGGGCGAUGUGUUGGUUGCGAUCUGGUACAGCCUCGCAACGCCACUUGUGGUGCUCUUCCAUCGACCACAUGCCAAGUGGAGCUACAUGGAGGCACUGUCCCAGCGACUGAUGAGCCACUUCACACCUCUGGGCAUCGACGUUGUUCGAUUUGGCUUUGCCUUCUUUGGUCGUGUGCAGCGCCUAGCGUACUGGCCGUCGGCAGUGGUUGACACAUCCGCUGUGAAAGGCUUGUGGUACGGAGACAUCAAGUCACCGCUGCAGGACUCGGUGGUGAUCUUUUACGUCCACGGCGGAGGAUUUGGCUCUGGAACUGCCGACUGCAUGUCCACAAGUCUGUUUCAGCCCCUCUUGCAAUCCCUGGAACAGUCAUCCCGCCGUCCAGUCCGGUUGUUCAGCGUCGAGUAUGACCUGGCGCCGCAGCAUCCCUACCCUCGCGCCAUCAACCAAGCAUUUGACGCGUACAUGUGGUUGCUUGGCCAAGGCGUCCCUUCGUCCAACGUGGUGCUCUGUGGGGACUCUGCUGGCGGCAACGCUGUGCUGACUCUGAUGCAGCGUGGACGGCGGGACAACGCCCCCCUGCCGGCCUGUGCCAUCCUCGUAUCUCCAUGGCUCGACCUGACCAUGACAAGCCCUUUCUACGAUGUCAAGACGGACAUCUUUACAAAGCGCACCAUUGUGGCGUGGCGAGAUGUGUACUUGAACAACGACGUGACCAAGAUCCACGAGGCGUCCCCGGGCCUGCAGUCCCUCGACGGCUUGCCUCCAUUGAUGGUCAUGUACGGACAGACGGAGCUCAUGGCAGGGGACAUCGCAACGUUUGUUGCCAAGGCCAAGCGAUGCCACGUGGACGUGACCGAGUAUUUGCAUCCCCACUUGUACCACGACUUUGUUAUUUUCCCAUUGGGAAAGCCGUCCCGCGACGCCAUCCAUGCCCUUGCUCAAUUUGUUGUGUUAAAGUUGGACAAUCAUAGUAAUAACACCAACUAA